AUGCGUGAUGAGCUGGCAGACAAAAUGACGCUGGCCCUGGUGUGCGACCUCGUUGAAGCCCUGGAUGCCCAGGUGCCACCUGAAACGCUCAUUGGCAAUCUAUUUGAUGCGCUGGCGGCAGGUGGCCAUGCCAAGCUGCUUGCCUGGCGUGCCAUUGAGGGGUCGGAUAAGCCGAACGAUAUGAAUGCAGUGUCCGAGUUGUUCGGCCGCCUGUUGCGUACGACUCGAGAAGUGUUAGGGGUAGACACCGAUGCUCAGGUGCGACAGGUAGUUUAUCUGGUUGCUGUUGCAGCCAUUGGUCACGGUCUGGCUGGCGAUGUGCUGGCUGGUCUACUGGGUAUGCCGGAUCAUGAGCGAGAGGUGAUGUUGUAUAUCGCGGAGCGUGAGAGUCUGGGUGUGCAGAUGAACAUUGAGCAGAUUGUGGUGAAUACCCUCAAGGGUAGACAUAAAGAGGAUGAGCAUUUAGCACGCAAUCCGUUUGGUACGUUGCCUGUGUUAGAGCUUGAUAGUGGACGUUAUCUGAUCGAAUCAUUGGCGAUUAUUGCCUACCUCGAAGACCGCUUUCCCGAGCAUCCGCUCCUUGGUGAGGACAUAGAGACCAAAGCUCUGUGUCGGGAUCUUGAGCGGGUUAUUGAUAUCCGUCUGGCCACGCCGCUUGCACAGUAUGUUCAUCUUGUUAAUUCUCCCCUGGGUCUGCCACCUGAUCCGAUAGGCGCGAAGAAAAUUGAAGAGAAUUUGCCGGCAGUUAUGGGUUAUCUCGAAACGCUGCUGAGUGAUGGGCGUCAGCUCCUGAUGGGUGAACAGGUAUCGGUUGCAGAUUGCACCCUUGCGGCGGCACUGCAAUUUGUGCGGUUUGCGAAGCUGGAUAUGCUGCAGGGAUACCCGGCAUUGCAGCGCUGGGAUGCCAGCUACCGUGAGCGUCCCGCUGCCCGAAGUGUGCUGAAGUUCUAA